CAAACAGGUCCUUCAAUGGAAACACCAACCCACACACACACCCCAUUUUCGUUCUAUCACAACAUCAACCUGCUUCCUCUUCAACCUUUUUUUUUUCCUUCUCUUCUCUUCCUUUACCUCUCUCACGCUUCCUCUCCAAUUUACAACACUAAUUCACAUAGCCCAAACUUUCAUCUUCAGGAUCUGACUUUUUCAAACAUACAAUGGGGUUAGCCAUUUAGACAGCAUCAAUAUCUAUCUUUUCUUCUUUUCUUCCUCCUUUUGCCCACCAACGACAACCAAACUUGUAUUUAUCUCCAAUCUUUUUUUCUUCUCCCAAUUUUGUUGGCUCAUUUAUGUUUUCAGAUGCAUGUUCCAAGAGUGUUUUCAUGAGUUUAUCCGAAUUCCGUUUUAAAUUUUCAACUGAAAUCUGUUCUGGAGAUUUCCUUUGAUCAUUGCGAUUAAUAAGUUGCAGAAGAUUUCCAGUUUUGAAGGUUCGAAAAUAAGACCCCAGUUUUGUUUUUGCCUUAUUUCGUUCCUCUAUUCCUUCCUUUGGUGUCUGUGCUAAGUUAUUCCUGAAUUUUUUUUGGCCUCCCCAGAUACAUUUUUAGUGAGAAAAAAAGGGGUUUUGAAGCUCUGAACUUUCUGCUUGCCCUGUAAUUACAGAGGUGAUCGUUUUCUUGCUUGGGUGUAAAGACUGAGUUUAUAUCCAUCGUCGCUGAUACAAGCUUUGGAAUGUCAUUAUUACUUGAAUUUUCAACAUAGAUUUACAUUUUUCACAGCUUCAGAACUGAAAUCCUGGCACUUUUCCUACAGUCAUAAACGAAGUUCUGGCCGGACCUGAUUUAGGAAAACAAAAAAUCCCCUUGGUUUCAUCUGAAGGAAUUGAUUCAUGUUCUAGUUAUUGUUAAUUUUGUAAGGGAAAGGUUGAAGAAAUGGAGAAAGAUUCAAGUAUUCGAAGCAAUAACACGGUGUCUGGUGGUAGAGAUAAAAGCGGAGGGGAAGGGUCGUUGCUGUUGAGGGCGAGUUCCGAUGGCGCUAGACAGGGAACGACGUCGGAUUUGGUGUUGCAGUGGGGGAAUCGGAAGCGGUUAAGGUGCAUGAAGGUGCAGGUUAAGGACGAUUCUUCAGGCCCGGUUCAGAGGACAACGGUUCGGGUGGAUCGCCGGGUUGUUAGAACCGAUAAGGAUUCUUUAAAUAAGCCCCCCUUCGGUGUCAAUAAUAACACCCUUGGAGUUGGACACACUCAUAAUAACAACAAUAACAAUCAUCAUCAUAAUCAGAGUAACGGGUAUCCAAAUCUCCGUCAACGUCCUUCUUCUCCGCAGCAACGAAUUCUCAGGAACUCAGAAGGUUCAAGUGCCAUGAGAGGAGGACAAAGCAACGGGGGCGUUAGGGGAAUUGCCUCACCGGACAGGGGUGCGCACGAUAAGAGGGGGACCCAUAACAACCACCUUAAUGACAACAACAAGUCUGCAGCCUCAUCGGAUACUGCGCACGAUAGCAAGAAGGGAGGGUCGCCCUCCGGCAGCGGAGACGCCGCUCCGCCUGUGUGGCCCCCGAAGUUCGUGAUUGCCUUGACCAACAAGGAGAAGGAAGAAGAUUUUCUUGCCAUUAAGGGCUCAAAGCUGCCUCAGAGACCCAAGAAGAGAGCUAAAUUCAUUCAGCGCACCCUCAAUCUCGUUAGUCCUGGUGCAUGGUUGUGCGAUCUUACCUUGGAACGAUACGAAGUUAGGGAGAAGAAAAUAUCCAAAAAGAGACCAAGAGGUUUGAAAGCAAUGGGAAACAUGGAGUCUGACUCUGAGUAGAGAGAAAAGUUAAUGAGGCUAUGAAUGUUGAGAAGUGAAGAUGCUAAGCUUUAUGUUUGGUAAGGAUGUAGGAAAUGCAUGGAUUUUGUAAAGCAUGGCAUGACAUCAAAGCUGGAUGCCAACUCAUCGAAAUCAAAAUAUUAAAUAUUUUAGCUUUGCCACUGCUUAGCUUAAUCUCCUUGUCUUCAUUUCCUUUCUUUCCUAGUCUGGAAAACUGCUUCGGAAUUGCAAAAUGACUAGGUGUCCUCAAGGAGGGACAUUUUCACUAACACAAUGUGUCUCACAACAUCUUUUGACAAUAUUUCCUAUUAUUCAUUUCAUCACACAGAUUCUCAUUUA